CGUAUCCCUCUGCCGUCUCCUCCUGCGUCCUCUCUUCCUGCCGGUCCGGACCCUGCGUCUGACUCUCUCCGUGCUGCUAGUCCAGCUGUCACGCGUUUUCUAGCCACUGCUGUCACUAACCCUUUGUUUGAGUCCACUGCUGCGUCUGCUCUUGUUACUGAGCUUGUUGCCUUUGCUGCAGCCUAUCGUCUAGACUACGCCACUAGUCUUGUUGCUGAGUCGGCGUCUGCGUCUGUCUGUCCUCCGUCCGUCGGGGGUGAGUGUGCUCUUGGCACGGACGUUCUUGAGGACAGACAGGAGGAGUUUGAGUGCUUUGCUGCUUCUGUACCUCAUCUCGUGUCCAUGCUGAUUGCCCCUGAGGGAGACCCGGAUGCACCAGACAUCCCGACCCCGCGCUCUUACGCAGAGGCGAUAGAGGGUCCCUACUCCUCUCAGUGGCAGGAAGCCAUGGACGCCGAGAUGGCUUCCUGGAAGUCCACAGGCACCUACGUCGACGAGGUUCCCCCGCCUGGUGCGAACAUCGUCAGUGGCAUGUGGAUCUUCAGGGUGAAGCGGCCGCCGGGUUCUCCGCCUGUCUUCAAGGCGCGUUACGUUGCACGUGGCUUCAGUCAGCGACAAGGAGUUGACUUCUUCCAGACCUUCUCCCCUACCCCGAAGAUGACCACUCUUCGGGUACUGCUGCACGUUGCCGCCCAGCGUGACUACGAGCUCCACUCGCUUGACUUCAGUACAGCCUUCCUCCAAGGCAGCCUGCACGAGGAGAUCUGGCUGCGCCGCCCUCCAGGCUUCACUGGGUCGUUUCCUGCUGGUACCCAGUGGAGCCUCCGGCGGCCAGUCUACGGUCUCCGUCAGGCACCUCGUGAGUGGCACGACACACUCAGGACGACUCUUGCUGCUCUUGGCUUUGCUCCUUCCACUUCUGACCCUUCUCUGUUUUUACGCACUGACACUACUCUACCGCCGUUCUACGUUCUCGUGUACGUAGACGACCUCGUCUUUGCUACUACUGACAUUGAGGCACUCGCCCACGUGAAGUCCGAGCUGCAGAAGAGACACACGUGCACAGACCUGGGUGAGCUGACAAGCUAUCUUGGCUUGCGGAUCACCCGGGACAGAGCACAGCGCACCAUUACCUUGACUCAGUCACACAUGGUGCAGCAGGUCCUUCAACGCUUCAGCUUCACGUACUCCUCGCCACAGUCCACUCCUCUGCCUACCGGUCACUCGCUCUCAGCUCCACCUUCGGACGAGUCCAUAGAGCCAAGUGGCCCAUAUCCAGAGCUUGUGGGCUGCCUCAUGUACCUGAUGACUUGCACACGACCUGACCUCGCAUACCCUCUCAGUUUUCUGGCUCGCUACGUGGCUCCCGGCAGGCACCGAAAGGUGCACUGGGAUGCUGCGAAGAGGGUUUUGCGAUACUUGUGCAGUACAUCGGGCAUGGGGCUCGUGCUUGGAGGAUGGGCUCGAGUUGUCCUCACUGGUCACGCUGACGCCUCCUGGGUUGACGACUUGGCUACGCAGCGGUCGUCACAGGGUUACACCUUCAGUCUUGGCUCCGGUUCUGUCUCUUGGCGGUCUACCCUCUCUUCUUCUGUUCUCAGCUCCAGUUGUGAGGCUGAGAUCUACGCUGGGGCCAUGGCUGCACAGGAGCUACGCUGGCUUACCUACCUGCUGACCGACUUGGGAGAGGCGCCUCGUUCUCCUCCAGUUCUGUACGUCGACAACAAGGCCAUGCUGGCCUUGUGUCAGGAGCACAGACUGGAGCACAGAACGAAGCACAUUGCUCUGCGCUACUUCCUUGCUCGAGAGUUGCAGCAGCGUGGCCAGCUUCAUCUUGCUUACGUGGCCUCUCAAGCCAACACUGCUGAUGUUUUCACCAAGGCACUUCAGCCUUGUAAUCAUCAGCGUUCCUGCACUGUUCUAGGCCUUGUGCCUACUGUGCCUCACUUGUUGACUUCUUGA